AUUGACAACGACGACGUCGACAAUAAUAUACCGUUCUGUCCAUCUUCCCAUAACCGCUGUUACGUUUGCUUGAGCUUUGUUGCAAGGAAAGUGAGUGUGGCUGGAACUACCUUCGCAGGUGCGGAAGGGCGUCGCAGGCUGCCCGCCGAUCAGUGAAGGAGAGCUCCCGGAGGGUUAUUCCUCGUCUAGGGAACACGGAAUACAGGCAAGGGGGCUUCAGGCUUCGAGACAAGCAGCAAGGCAAACAUGGCUCCACGUAGCGCAACCGGCCCCUCCGAAACAUCGACGCGUUUCACGCGAUCUUCGUCCAUUUCCGCUACGGUCGUCACUGGCACCUCGAAGUCUGGCAUACGCAAGCCGAGGGCGUCGUCUAAUGCGUCCCUAGCCAGCGACGUCAGCGGUGCGAGCGGGAGCACGACGGUGACGGGGAACAACAAGUCUACCGCGCGUUCCCCCAAUGCGACGCCGAUGCCAGCCGCGUCGAUAGUUUCCAAGCGCAUUUCCAGCGCUAUCCCCUCUUUGCACGCAUCGCGAAGGACGUCGGCACCUCUCCCCACCCUUUCCAGGAGGGACACGUCGGACUCCAUGUCCACCUCCCCGCUGCAUUCUAAUGGUUCCCCGUCGCCUCUAGCACGGUCGUCUCUGCGCCAGGGCAGCGCGCCGCCUAUGACACCUUCGCGACCUUCUCCCUCUGUCAUGACCUCGUCCCGCAACGCCCGAUCUAUAUCUAUGUAUUCCACAGAUUCGCUCUCGCUCAGUGAAUCGCCCGUAACCCCGCCCGAGUCACGGUCCAGAGUCGCGUCUAUGAACUCAAACGCGCAGCCGAAGGCGCUGAAACGAUCGCCCUCGUCAGGGUCUAUCAGCCUGGCGAACCAAAGCGUCAAGGGCAACGCGUCGGUCCCGUCUACGCCCAAGGGCCCGUCGCGCUCGAAUACUACGCCCAAUGUCACCCCGACAAGAAAGACGGGGUCAGCGCAAAACACACCCAAGUCGGGGAAUAGGCAGCCCAGUUCCCGGCACCCGUCUGGCAGGUCCGUCCUGGCGAGUCCGCUGAGCAACGGGAGCCCUGCGAACCAGACCCCGGCGUCGCUCCGCGAGAGGAUGAAGUUCCCGUCGAUGCAGUCGCCGAGCAUCAAGCUCGAGAGCGCGGACGAGGAUGCGGACGCGAUGAUGUCCAUGUGGGACGGUGACGAUAUGACGCUUGAGUUGUUGACGGACGUGAACGACGGCCAGGUGGACGAAGAUAUGCAAAGCGCUCUCAACGCGGUCAUGACCCUCCAUACGCGUAAGAUCCUGCACUACAAGCGCCUCCUGGAGCGGGCCCAGGCAGCAGCCGCUGCGCAGCUGCACGCGCUCCAAGCGGAAGUGCGCAUGCUGCGCGACCAGGGAGGCGAGUCUGGCGUCUCUCGGCAGCUGUUCGUGGGCGACGAGGACGAGUAUUGCACGUGUGGCGGGAAAAAGAGGAAGGGUGGAUACUGGGCAGGCUGGCGUGGGGAAGAUGGAGACGACGAAGAUGACGACGUGGACUUGUUGCGGGCGCUGAGAGGGGAUGGCCAGGGCCAGUUCAAUGAAACGGAGGUGAAGAAGGCUAUCAGAGGGCUGAGCCGGGAUGAGAGGAUGCGGCUUAUUGCAAUUAUCCUGGACUCAUGCAUGCCCGGUGAUAUACGCCUUCAGAUCCUGCUUCUGGAAAAGUACGCCAAGUCGACCUUUGACAUCGUCGGCAAUCUAGCACCCGACCUUGCGUUCAAGAUCCUGAAGCUGCUGAGUGUCAAGGAGCUACUCGCCGUUGAGCCUGUCUCCAAGAAAUGGCAGCAGAUGGUGCACCUGCCGGCGCUCUGGAGGUAUCACUGCCUCAGGAUCACUGCGAGCGACCCCGUGCCUCUGAAACCUCCUGCCAAACCUGAGGGCUGGGAACCUCUAUACCGGUCCUUACACCAUCGCGAAUCCAACUUCCAGAACGCCCUGCCUCAGUCGAUCAGGUUCUUGACUGGUCAUACCAACUACUGCACUACAUUACUCCUACGAGGGAAACGUCUUAUCAGUGGAUCGUAUGACGAGACCAUCCGAUUCUGGGAUGUGGAAACAGGCGAGAUGAAGAAAUGCCUCCAGGUGAAGAAGCCUGUGAGCUGCGUCGACUUCCUCGCCGAAGAAGAGGUGUUCGUGGUCGGGUUCCACGACGUCGGUCGUGUGCACCUCUUCUCCUCCCUGACGUUCACGCCCCUCCAACAACUCGCAGGCCACUUGAACGGCAUCCGCGCCGUGGCGCUGACCUCGAAGAACCUCGUCUCCGCGGGCGCAGACAAGGCGCUAGUGUGCUGGGACUGGCGCGCUGGCACGAAGAUCGUGCGAUUCGGGCAGCAGACGACGGUGAACAUCGGGGUGCAGCUCGUGGGCAACGAGGCGAGCGAGGAGGGCGAGCGUGUGGUUAGUGUCACUAUUGAUGGGAUUGUCAGGGUAUUUUCCAUACGGCGGAGGGAGAUGGUGUCACAGUUUAAGUUGUCCGAGCUGGGGGGCUCGGACCCUGUGUUGAAUGCGAAGCUAUUCCAUGUGGGCAAGGCGCCGGAUAACAUGCUUCAAUGGUUCGCGGCGAAGGGCACGCAAAUGACGUGUGCCACAAAGUCUGUGAUAUUACAUCUACAGUGGACCGAGGGAGAAGAACCGCAAUCGCAAACCCCAGCCGAGCCCAGCACACCACUGACGCCUAAAUCGCCCAUGCUGAGCCCGGGCAACCCGCGUCUGCGCACAGUCUCCGCGUUGUCGCGCUCAACCUCGUCUCUCUCCAGCCCACAGCGCAAGUCUUCACUGAACGUCUCCAGCUCCGGGCCCCCCUCUGCGUUCUCGGGAAAAUCGCGCCUGUCUCUUAGUACGAAUUCCUCGAGCACCCUGUCGCCGGGUGCACCCUCGCCCCGGGCAUCGACGCCGAACAGUGCACGGAAUGGCGGGUUUGCGGUUAGGUUCGGCAGGGCGGCGAUAUUAACUGCGCCGCCGAAGCUGGUGGGCAUUGUGGAGACGCCUGAUGUGGCGAUUGGCGCUGUGGACCCGAGGAAGAGGAGGGUUGUUACUGCUACGAGGUUCAGCUCGAGGGCGGGGGCUGAUCGGAGGAUAUUCAUGUCAACGCAUCAGGACAAGGAUCACCCGCCCGCGCCCACCGUGUCUGACGACUCCUCCGAGUCCGAGUCUUCUAGGUCCUCGCCGACACGCCGCCCGCGACUGUCGCUCGCCCCCAGUGUGGACAUCGACAGCGAGGUGACGGCGAUGACGGGUGCGUGGGGCGCGCUGGCGGAGUACAGCGGGGCCGGUGUGGACGUAAGGGGCUUGCUGGGCACGCUGCCGCCGAAGUUCACGGGACUGGCGCAGCCGGAGAAGAACCCGAUGAGCAUGCAGCUGAGCCACGAGGAGGUCGUGGUGGGAUGUGCGGACGGGACGAUUUACGUGUUGAAUUUUGUGGGGUAUGAGUAUGCGAAGGAGAGAGAACCUGAGGAACUUUACCCCGUCGGAGAAGGGGAGGAGGACGAAGAGUGAAGGCAUCUGCAGGGACGCGGGGACGUUCCGGUUUAAUUCCCUUCUUUCAGUGUCGGUUUGUAUUUGCACGGUCUACGUUCGUAACGUUCAUAUCCGCGUUCUUUCGACAGAUUACGAAAGUUUCUUUGACAUGCUCGGCCGUAGGGUUGAGAAGCGCUCCGGGAUCAAUAUCAUGAGUAUUCGUAUCAUUUCUACAUUAGAUUUGAAUAAUACACAGGAUGCAGC